AUGGCAACGAAGCAGAGCACCAAGUACGAACGCCUCGAGGGGCUGUCGCAACGACGCGGCGUCGACACGCAACACGCGCAGCAGGCGGAGCGCGACCGUCGCCUGAGGUGGGCGCAGGAAAUGAUCAUGCAGAACCCGGCUCUCUGCGCCGAGGUCUACUGCGCCAUGUCGAAGCGCCCGGCUAUGCCGCCACGGAGGGAGUCGUCGUUGUCGUCGUCGUCGUCGUCGUCGCGGCGCUCGCCGAGUACGGCUGCUGGUAGUAUGCCGUCGCCGGGGAUCAGCAGCAACUCCAGCAUCAACAGCGGCAGCCCUACGUAG